AUGAUACGCACUUGACCCCUGUAACUUGUGACGACUUCCUUCUAAUCAACUUCAUCUAUCCCACCAACCGGCGCAUCUAACCAUCAAGAAUAUUUCCUAAUUGUAACCGCCAUUCAUAUUGUCGCUUUCCGUUAUUCUAACCCUCUAUGUCGUAGUAUAGGACCCCGGUCAAUGCUUGAUGCAAUGGCAAUGGAGCGGACAAGCUCUGGGUCGAGAGCUCUGUUCCCCAAGGGACCUAGCUUCACCAUUGAGGACUUCUCUAAUAAAGACUUCAUCGUGCGUGACUUCGUUGAUGAUCUUGCCGAGAGCGCCGUAUCUCUCAAUCGUCGCUCUGGCCCUGCUCUACAAGCCUUUGAUCCGAAACCUUUAAUCCGGACAUUUGAGAACGCACUACAGGGUCUUGGUAGCCUCUCCGAAGAAUUACAGGCGAAGGAAUCAGAUUUGUUAUCCCAAGCACGUCGUGCAGAGACUCAACAUGACCAAACCGUUGAUACCCUUGGUCGCAAAUUGGACCAGUCCAUCGAUCAGUUCGAGGCUCUGGACCUUACCCUCAACAACCCCAGCGAGACCGAACGAGGUAACCGUGGCGAGGCGGGAGGAAAUAUUGCCGUUCAAAUAGGAGAAAAAUUAGAGGAGUUAGAUAGGAAACGCAGACGAGCGCUGGACGCCAACUUCCUUAUACAAUGCUGGCUCCAAGUUAGUGAAACAGGCGAGCUCACCCUAUUACAAGACAUCCAACGCCAGGGCGGAUCUGAAAACAAAGUAAGAUGUGCCGUAAUUGCACAUCAACUGAUGCGGAUUAGCCAAAGACUUGACCCCAUAUCUUGGGGCCAACAGAAUGGUCUAUAUCGCAAUGGAAUCACGAAUAACGGCAAUACUAAUGACGAGAGGAGAUAUAAUACUCGUGAGAUCCUGGAGAAGUUCUGCGAAACCCUGGAGCAAGACCUCCUAAAGCAAUUCAACGGCAGCUACCGUAAACAGAACUUCGACGAUAUGAAAGAAUGUGCCAAAGUUCUAUAUGAUUUCAACGGAGGUGCCAGCGUCAUUGCUGUUUUUGUAAACCAGCACCAAUUCUUCAUUGAUAGGGACCAGCUUAUCACAGACGAAGUAACAAUGGAUGGAGAGACUUGGGAUCAACUAGCAGAUCCUGACUCCGAACCCCCGGGUGUCGAACCAAGCCUUCAGUCACUCAUCGACGAGGUCAAAAUCGUCAUGCAGGAAGAGUCAUUCAUCAUCAAGAGGGCCUUCCCAUAUUAUGAGACCGUAUUAAUCAAGUUCAUACAACGAGUAUUCCAACAAUCGGUACAACAACGCCUAGAAUUAGUUUUAGAGAAGGCCAACACCAUAUCAUCCUUAGCCUUUCUCCGAUCCCUCCACUCUUCCAGAAGCUAUAUUGGAGCUCUGAUAGAUGACCUGAAGACUCAUGGCCUUACGGAACACCCAGAACCUUGUUCUCCCCAGAUAUCCCAGACAUUGGACCUGCAGAUGGAAGAGUUAUUCGUUCCAUACAUAGUGGGCAACGGGUAUAUCGAGCGCGAGAAGAGGAGCUUGGAAGAAUUGUUUAAUUCACUACUCUUCAAGUACAACAUCUAUCACUCAAGAAGGAAAAAGGCGCCGACUGGGUUCAUGGCCUCGUUAGCCCUACAAACCAACCAGCUUAUGGCAACCGCUAAGGACGCUUAUCUAGAACGUCUUGAAUCAUCCGAUCUCACUCCAACUCAGAAAGCGAUGAUGUUGAGAGUUGCCGGUGUCCAGGAAACCGGGAAUAAGAACGAGAUCGAAGUUUCAGAGUCCGAAGGCGUCCUAAGCACAGCUACAGCUAAGCGUAUGUUAACCUGGCUUGCUGAGAGUGUUCGACGAACAUUGGAGUUAGGAAGUCAGCACGAAACACCCAAGGAUGUCGCCAUACUCCUGAAUCUCUUAUUAACCAACAUGGGCCAAGUUUACGUAGAGACAGCCCUGGAAGCAGCUCUUGAGAGGGCCACAUCUCAGGAGAAUGUGAAGAUGGAACCGGAUCUCAGCUAUCUACCUUCUGUCCGGCCAGCAGUGACGAUCGGUAGUAUGAUGAACCGUUUCAUAACCACAGUACUCAUCCGCCUUGCUGAGUCCAACACUACUGUCCGAAGAAGCAUGGAGGCACAGGCAAAGAUGGGUAUCGAGAGCAUCGAAAGGAAAGCCGGUAGUAUCAUGAAGAGUAGCGUUGACGUAAUCGUCAACUGGGUCGCUAAAUCCCUCGCGAUGCAGAAGAAGCUCGAUUUCCUUCCUAAAGACGAGCUCAGCAUCAUCGAGUCGCUACAGACGCAAACCUGCACCUCCAUAUGCCUGUUCCUGUCGCGGUGCACACGGCUUAUUAGCCAAGCCGUCGACGGUACCAACCUCGAAGUUUUCAGUUCGGAGCUCGCUAUCGAGAUCCAGCGCCUGCUCUUCGAGCACUUUAAGAAGUUCAAGGUUAACGCCACGGGCGGCUUGAUGGUUACCAAGGACGUCACCAAGUAUGUUGCCACUCUCAAGGAGUGGCCCCUUUCGAAGGAAGUCGAAGCUGCUGUCGAGCUCCUCACCGAGAUCGGAUACCUAUUUAUCAUCGGCCCCGAGGCCCUACGAGAGCGCUCCAGAAACCUCGCAAGCGCGAGUGGCGGCGGCGCUGGCGGCGCGCAGAAGAAACUGGGCAAGGCCGAUUUCAAGGCCUUUAUACAGAGCAGGGACGAUGCGAGGACCGCGGGCGUGCAGAGCGUGCUCUCGAGUUUGUAAGGUAGACAUACUGCAAAGAAUGUGCCGGACUACGAUUGAAAGGACUGUGUUGCAUUGAUUUUGCUCCUCUCAGGGAGAAGGCGAAAAAAAGGGGCAAGAAAACGGAUAUGUGUUUGGGUCGCUUGGAUCUGGGCACGUCUUGUUGUACAAUUACGAGAUAGAUGAGAUACCAACGCGAGAAUGAAUGCGAGUGCCUUCUCCCCUUACCUACGACAGCAACUAAUUCACGAUAUUUGCGAAUCUAGUCCAAUGUUAUCGCUUUACGGGUAUCACAUGACUAUUUCAAGACAUCCAUAAU